AGCGUUGCCAGCAGGUCAGGGAGGGGAUCCUACCCCUCUGCUCAGCCCUGGUGAGGCACAUCUGGAGUGCUGUGUCCAAUUCUGGGCUCCUUGGGACAAGAGAGACACGGGGCUCCUGGAGCAGGUCCAGUGGAUGGCAACAAGGAUGACUGAGGGACUGGAGGGACUCUUAUGAGGAAGGGCUGAGGGAGCUGUGCCUGUUUAACCUUGAGACAACAGAGAGGGGACCUCAUUAAUGUGUGUAAAUAUCUAACGGAGGGUGCCAAGAGGAUGGAUCAGGCUCUGUUCAGUGGUGCCCAGAUAAAGGACAAGAGGAAACGGGCAGGAACUGAUGCCCAGGAAGUUCAACCUGAACAUGAAGAACUUUUUUACUGUGCAGUGACUGAGCACUGGAACAGGUUGCCCAGAGAGGGUGUAAAGUCUCCCUCAGUGGAGAUAUUCCAGGACCAUCGGGCACAAUCCAUGUGCCCUGUGCUCUGGGAUCACCCUGCUUGAGCGGGGACAUUGGACCAGAUGACCCACUGCAGUGCCUUCCAGCCUGACCCAUUCUGUGGUUCUGUGAACGUGGCUGGACAGCAGCAGCUGUGGCUGCAGCAUGAGAGGGGCUGUCCCAGCCAUGGCUCUGUUUACCAGGUUUUUGAAAGCGUGGCCAAGAAAUACGAUGUGAUGAACGAUUCCAUGACUCUAGGAAUUCAUCGGGUGUGGAAGGAUAUCCUGGUACAUAAAAUGAACCCUUCCCCAGGAACACUUCUUCUUGAUGUUGCUGGAGGAACAGGUGACAUUGCCUUUCGAUUCAUUAAUUAUGUUCGCGCUGUACGAGAACGGCAGCUCCAGAGGAAGCUCAAGCACCAUCAGAAUUUGUCAUGGCAGGAAAUUUUUGAGAAUUACCAGGAAGACAAAUCUGACUCUCUAGGGGAUUCCCAGGCGGUGGUCUGUGACAUUAACAGAGAAAUGUUAAAAGUUGGGAAGCAGAAAGCACAGCACCUUGGCUACUCUAAAGGCUUGUCCUGGGUACUUGGGAAUGCUGAAGAGUUGCCCUUUGAUGAUGAUAUGUUUGAUGUUUACACAAUUGCCUUUGGAAUCCGAAAUGUGACUCGUAUUGAUUUGGCUCUUGAAGAGGCCUAUCGUGUGCUGAAACCAGGAGGAAGAUUUCUCUGCCUUGAAUUUAGUCAUGUCAGCAACCCUCUUCUUUCCAGGCUCUAUGAUCUCUACAGUUUCCAGGUUAUCCCUGUUCUGGGUGAGGUCAUUGCUGGUGACUGGAAAUCUUACCAGUAUCUGGUGGAGAGCAUCCGGCGGUUCCCCCCUCAGGAGGAGCUGAAGGCAAUGAUAGAAGACGCAGGUUUUUUCAAAGUGGAUUACGAGAAUUUAAACUUUGGCAUUGUCGCCAUUCACUCAGGUUUCAAACUGUGAGUCUACUAUGUAGCAAAACACAGGAGGUGUAAUUUUCAUGAAGAAUGUGAAAGCUGUGGAAUUUUAACAGUAUGAGAAUUGGAGUGUUAAAAACUUGUGCAGCAGAUACUUGCUCAGCAGCCAGACCCAGAACACCAGCUACCUUUUUUCCUUCAAGAAACAUGUGGAAGGAGCGAUUCCUGUGGCCUUUCUUACACUUGCAUUUCCCUUCAAGUGCAGUGUAAAGGACAUGGCCAAAACUGAGCAGUGCUAACAAGUGCAGCAACAUCAGUUGCCAGUGGGAUUUGGACACAGAAAUAGGCUGACUAGUCUUCCAAUAAGAUGCCUUUUUUACUAAGCUUCAAGGAGGAUAUACCCAUGAGAACUUGGAUUUAUGAAGUAACUAUGGAUUUUUAUGAAGCUGUUAUUAUCUCUGUCAUGUGGAGUUUAAGGAUGUUUUCCCAUGACUCCUUUACUUCUUUCAAAGGCAAAUGAAAGGCUUGUGAAAUAAAAGGGCUCUGCAUCAACUC